AUGGUUGGAAAGGGCAUCGAUAUGGAGGCGCUGUCGCCUAGGGAUGCUAACGCCAGGCGUCCUCGCACCAACGUUGCCGACCUCAAGACAAAGGCAGCUGCGCAGCUCAAGGCCAACAAGGACAAGGAGCACCCGCCGCCGCCACCACCAAAUGUUACUGAGCCGCCAAGCGCCGACCGCAAGGAUGGAGCCGUUUACCAGGUGGGCAAGCUGCUAGGCAAGGGCGGCUUCGCUGUAUGUUACUCGGGCGUCUUAGCCGGCACGAAGAAGCUGUAUGCGCUCAAGAUCGUCAAGAGCAAAAUGCCGACCAAGAUGGAGCAGAAGUUCCAAACCGAGCUUCAGAUCCACUCCAAGAUGCGCCAGGUGAAUAUUGUCCAGUUCUUCCGCGCCUUCUCCUUCGAGAGCUCUACGUACCUCGUGCUCGAGCUGUGUCCCAAUGGCUCGCUCAUGGAUAUGGUCAAGCGCCGCAAAGGCGUCACCGAGCCAGAGGUGCGGUUCUACGCCGUCCAGAUCGCCGGCGCUAUCAAGUACAUGCACGCCAAGGGUAUCAUCCACCGCGACCUGAAGAUGGGCAACAUCUUCCUUGACAAGAACAUGAACGCCAAGAUUGGCGAUUUUGGCCUCGCUGCUCUGUUAGUUACCGGCCGCGAUAUGCAGACCAUCCGGCGUACAACACUCUGCGGCACGCCCAACUACAUUGCGCCCGAGAUCCUGGAAAAGGGAAAGAAAGGCCACGACCAUAUGGUCGACAUCUGGAGCUUGGGCAUCAUCAUGUUUGCCAUGCUCACAUCAAAGCCGCCAUUUCAGUCGUCGACAACAGACGAAAUUUACCGUCGUGCAAAGGAGCGUGAUUACGAGUGGCCGACAGCCGACGGCCGCUUCAUCAGCGAGGAGGCCAAGCAUGUCGUGGCCUCUAUGCUGCAGGAAGCACACAUGCGCCCCGAUCCCGAUGCCAUUGUUGAGCACCCCUUCUUUGUGACGGGCUAUAUGCCCACACCCGCAGACAUGACCGUCCGUCUACGGGAACUGCCCCCCGAGCACGACGUCUUCUACCAGCACCCCGUCAGCCGCCGCAUCCAGGCCCAGAGCCUCGAGACUCUCAAGGAGAUGUGUGAUACAUGCAACGUGGGACCGUGGAACCCGGCCAAGAUUGUCUCAAAGCCAGUUUGGCGCGAGAUGGCCGCUGAGGAGCAGGCUGGCUUGACUCCAGCCAUCCCGCUCUCUGAUGAUAUUGUGUACCGACCGUUUGAGAGCUGGCUUCAGGAGAACCAGCUCUUCCAGGGUGGCAGCAGUACAAGCGCAAAUACCAACAGCCGGUACGGCACACAUCAAAAACAGCAACUCCAACCAACCACGUCUUCCUCAACACCAUCCCUCUCCGUUCCGGCUCAACCUCCUUUGGCCGAAUGGUCUACGCAAACUGCUACAGUCGUCGCAAACGCAAUGGAAGCUUCAGCAAAGCGCUCAGCAACAGCAACUCUCUCGAUGGCGCCGGCAAGCCUACUUCGAGAGCCGCCGCAGAGUUUCGCCGCUCAGCAGCGGGCACAGGGUCGUCCCACACGAAGCAGCGGCCUUGCUGAGACAGCACAAAUUGCUUCUGCAACAACCACCAUCACAUCGACUGCGACGACCGCAACACUCCCUACCUCCACUUCUGCCGCCACAGUUUCUGAAACACCUGUGCCUGGCCUCGUCCGGCGACCGUCUGGACGGCGAGAUAUCCCUCUCGGAAACGGACUGUCUCUCCAAGCCCGCGAGCAGAGAGCUGCCGCUACAAAGUCAACAUCCACUACGACGACAACUACUGGCCGCUCCCGCACUCUCUUGCCAGGAAGCAAGCCAUCCGCAACAAUGUCCGCGAUAGAAAAGAGGGCUUCUGCCCGCAGUGCUGCGAUGGCGACUGCCGAGUCAGCACCUACCAUCGGAGCCGGUGCAGCACUGAGCGCGACCAAAACCACCAGCAGGGAAGAGCUGGCUCCUGGUGUUGAGAGACUAUCGUUGUUUAACCCCAAAGAGAUCCAUGAGCGCAUUCCGAACAGCGAGCCGGAUACCGUCCUUCUGCGCCUGCGCAAGCUACAAACUGAGCUGGAUCGUGCGCUGAACGCGCGCACUAUGGCAUUCAUUUCACCAACCCGCGACAAGGCCCAUGCAACACCACCGCAAAUUGUGGUGAAGUGGGUUGACUACACGAACAAGUUUGGUCUCGGUUAUAUCUUGAACGACGGCAGCAUCGGCUGCAUCCUGCGCUCGAUCCCGGUCGAGUCCUCCAACACGGCAAUCGAAGGCAACAAGGACUCUGGCAACCUGCCGCCAGCGUGCCUUUUGAUACACGGAGCAGAGCGCCACAUACUGCGCCGCGAAGAUCCUAGCUACGCCGACCGUUACCAGAUUGUGCCCAUGGCAUCGUCCGGAAACGAGGGCAUCUACUUUUACGAAAACAACGGCGAGCAAGGGCUUGAGCGUGUCCGUGUUGACCCGCAGCGUUUCCGUGUCGCAGUCAAUCCGCACACUGGCGUUGCUGGCAAGCUGUCUGCUGGCAAAGAUGUGUACGAUCACCGCAAACGUGAGUGCAUCGUUCUUUGGAAAAAGUUUGCCAACUAUAUGCUGGCAUACGGCCGCGAACUGGACGGAGGCAUUGAUGAGCGGGCCAACGACCACGCCCGAAAAACAGCAGCAACAGCAGCUGUCGACAAUUCUAUCGUCCCUAGCGACGUUGUCACCUUUUACCAGCGAUUCGGCGAUGUUGGCUGUUGGGUCUUUUGCGACGGUCAUCUGCAAUUCAACUUCCCCGACCACACCAAGGUCGUGCUAGAUGCCGCAGGCGUGUGGUGCCACUUCUGGCACCUCCCUGCAGAGGCAGCUCAGCGUAUGGCAGCCACGGGACUCCUGGAGGAGGUCGCCCUCGACGAGCGCAGCGUGCUCUCGUACCCGCUGCAGACACUGCUCAACUUUGGCGUUGGCAGCUCCGGUUCCAGCUCAGCGGCUUCUCUGUCUGGAGGCGCUGCCACAUCGAGCAGUCGUCGCCGACCCGUGAUCCGCCCCGAAAUUCAGGGCAUCCCUGCGGCGAACGAUUUCCGCCGCAAGGUUGAGUUUGUUCGCAGCGUGGUGCGCGAGUGGGUCAACAAUGGCGGCAUGGGCAACAGCGACAUGAGCCGUGCGCGCCGUCUGCGGUGGACGGGCACCCGUGAGACCCUGAAGCAGGUUCCUGGCACAACAACGCCGACUGCAAUUCCGGCCGCCAAGCAUGUAUGGGUAACCAUUGGUGCGCGGCAAGGCGACGUCCGCUUGUCCGCCAUGGUUGAUCCCCGCCGGCCCAACGAAAUUGGGCCUGAUUUGGAGGAGAAGCGGUAA